GGCGCGCAAGGCCUCGCGGUGCCCAUGAAAGUUUUAAGAGAAAGACCACCGUCCGGGACGAGAAACAUCGUCGGCUCUCGAUAAUCGACUCGUAUAAAGUCAAAGUGGAAAAGCGUACGCGUUAAAAAAUCGAAGAGAGACGAAAAGUCUCGCGGAGAGCACCGAGGAGGAAAUAAAACUUUCAUCGUCGCGGGCCAAAAGGUUCAAAUUUUUCGAGAAAACGAACGAAAAUAUUUCUCGACUUUUUCGUCCCAUUUUCAUCGCUGGAAUCGGACUCCCCGUGCGCUUUUUCCGACGGUAAAAAGAGCACGAAAAUCUCGAAGGGGAUCGUCGGUGAGACGAGGAGACUGGAGUCGCGUGAAGUUGCCGCUGAAACGUGAGGAGUCUGAGUGGGGAACGCGAGGUGUUUUCACUCUCGGCAUUCACCACACUCCGGCUCGGAUGAUCGUUCGUACUCAAACGAGUUGUGAAUGCGCGUAUCGUUCCUCCGAGAGUUUCAACAGUCUCCAAAACUCUCGAGCCAGUCUUUCGCCUUUAAUCCGUCAUCAUAAAUGCUCACGUUUUUUUCCAUCGUGGCUGAAAAAAAAGCGGAAAAAGUGGUGCCACUUUCGACACACGAAACAGGCACGUGAAGUCACUCGGAUAACUGCUCGUUAUUCGAAGUUUGAUCGAAAGUGCGAUUAUCGCAGGAGGCGAAUCGAAAGUCGUACACCGAAUGGCGAAGCCUCGAUCGAAACACGAAUGAGGAAGGAUAAAUAUGCUCAAUUUUUCCAAGUGAAUCGUCCCGGGAUUUUUUUAUGGAUUUGGUCACUUUAGCCGGCACCACGUCGCUGUUAACUUUUAGCUUUAUACCACUGUUGGCCAUCGGCCUCACAGUGUAUCGGUACAACAACCUCGACCCGGAGAGUCAUCCGCCCAAUGCCAGAGAGCUGUUACGCAUGUACGAUUUCAUAGUUGUCGGCGGUGGAAGCGCAGGUGCAGUGGUAGCAUCGAGGCUAUCGGAGAUAUCAAAUUGGACUAUUUUGCUUCUCGAAGCCGGAGGAGAUGAGAACGAGAUAUCAGACGUCCCGGCUCUCGCCGGGUACACUCAGCUCUCGGAAUUCGAUUGGAAAUAUCAGACCUCGCCGCCCGGGGCAUCGGCUUAUUGCUUAGCGAUGGUCGGUGACCGGUGCAAUUGGCCACGUGGAAAAGUGCUCGGGGGCAGCAGCGUCCUUAACGCCAUGGUCUACGUCCGUGGCAACAGGCUGGAUUACGACAACUGGGCGAGUUUGGGGAACGCGGGCUGGAGUUACGAGGAAGUCCUGCCAUAUUUCAAGAAAUCAGAGGACAACCGGAAUCCCUACUUGGCUAGAACGGCUUACCACCAAACCGGAGGCUUGCUCACGGUCCAAGAAUACCCGUGGAGGACGCCUCUGUCGAUAGCGUUCAUGCAAGCGGGCCGGGAGCUGGGUUACGCGAACCAGGACAUCAACGGCGCGAACCAAACGGGCUUCAUGCUGACGCAGGCAACGGUGAGGAGGGGCAGCAGGUGUUCGACGGCCAAGGCGUUUUUGCGGCCGGUGAAGAACCGGAGGAACCUUCACAUAGCGAUGAACGCGCAGGUGCUGCGCGUCGUCUUCAACGAGGAUAAGAGAGCGACGGGCGUCGAAUACUUGCGAAACGGAAGGCGAGAAAUCGCGAGGGUGCGGAGAGAGGUGAUUCUGUCCGGGGGCUCGAUAGGCUCGCCGCAAUUGCUCAUGGUCUCGGGGGUCGGGCCUGCGGAGCAUCUUCAGGAGCACGGAAUCCCGGUUCUCGCGGAUCUGCGAGUGGGCGACAACCUCCAGGAUCACGUCGGCCUGGGGGGCUUGACGUUCAUCAUAAACGAGCCGAUAACCCUGACGAAAAAACGCUUUCAGACGUUCCCCGUCGCCCUGGAAUACAUAAUGAACGAGCGCGGUCCGAUGACGACUUCCGGGGUCGAAGGAUUGGCCUUUGUGAAGUCACGCUACGCCGACAAGAGCCUCGAUUGGCCGGACAUACAAUUCCACUUCGCCCCCAGCUCCAUCAACUCCGACGGGGGCGAACAAAUACGGAAAAUUCUCGGACUCAGGGACAGCGUCUACAACACGAUGUACAAACCCCUCCUCAAUUCCGAAACUUGGACCAUCCUCCCUCUCCUUUUACGACCCAAAAGUUCCGGCUGGAUAAGGCUCAGGAGCAAAGAUCCCCUCGUUUAUCCGGACAUAAAUCCCAACUACUUCACCCACCAGGAGGACAUCGACGUCAUCGUCGAGGGCAUCAGAAUAGCCAUGGAGCUUUCCAACACCACGGCCUUCCAGCGAUUCGGAUCGAGGCCCCUGACCAUCCCCAUGCCCGGCUGCCAACGCCACCCCUUCGGGAGCUACGACUACUGGAACUGCGCUAUAAGACACUUCACAUUCACGAUUUAUCAUCCCACCGGGACCUGCAAAAUGGGACCCAAGAGCGAUCCCACCGCCGUCGUCGACCCGAGGCUCAGAGUCCACGGGGUCAAAGGUCUUCGCGUCGCGGAUGCAUCGAUCAUGCCGUCCAUCGUCAGUGGCAAUCCGAACGCUCCCGUCAUCAUGAUCGCCGAAAAAGCCAGUGACAUGAUCAAGGAAGACUGGCUCGGGAGGAAACGCUCGGCUGGCAGAUGAUUCGCUUCGUUUCCAAGCACUCCCAUUCGUUUUUUUAUUUAUUUGUAGUAGCUUUUUUACCGUUAUUUAUAUUGGAGAACGAAAUGCCAAAUUGGAAGAUCGAGCGGACGGCCUGGAACCGAGUGGUCGCGUUACGACGACAGUUUCGACCCAUUCGAAUUUGAAUGGCGCGCGGAUCGGAGCGCCUUCUUCGUCUCGUUCUGCUCAGCAAACCUCCCAGGCCCAGGCUCGAUCCGUUCACUCACACAGACAUUAUUUUCUUGCUCACGCGAACUUUUUGUUGCUGUGGUGCGCGAAUGAUUCGCAUUAUUUAUAUAGUUAGAAGAAAGCGUAGACUCGGCGAGCCUCCGACGACGGAAUUGUCGAUCCACUCGCCCGGAGGCUCCGCCGAGGCUUUCGAUGCCGAGUUUUUCAUAGUUUUUAUUUAUCGCGAAUGAAUGGGAAACGAGGGGUGGAUUCUACUCGGUUAUUUCAAAGCAACUCCUUCCCGAAUGUCCAAAAUGUUUCCAGGAAAAGCGAACCGGCGGAUUAUUCUGUAUCGCGCUGCCAGGGGAAUCUCGAAUUCAUUUUCCGUCGACUUAUCUUUAAGGAUGGAGAAUACCCUUUGGAAAUGCCGGGUAGCAUCCAUCCUCGGCUCCAAGUCCGAGCAAAUCAGCUGUUCGAAUGUUGUGUGACGUCACGUAUAUGAAGAGCGCUCAAUCAAAGACCACGUUUUUAUAAAUGACCUCGUCAAAGUUGUACCGUUUCUACGAGUGAAUUGUCUGGAUAAAAAAUUUUUUACGAAA